AUGACCAUCCCACUCAGGUGUGAAUACAGUGAUGCAUCAGGAACGCUUAAAAGCAAAGAAAUACAGGGUAUACCCCUUUAUGGAAGUGGUCUGACUAUGCUUGAAGUCAUCUCAGAUGCUAUAUCCAGAAAUACUUACGCCGAGACCAAAUCCAUUGAAGUGCCAUUAGUCGAAUGCUUUGGUGAGAAAUGUAAGAACUUCAACAAAUAUUGGGAUCGUCUUCCCACAGGGGUUUCCCAAGCGAUUGCCGGGAUGGGCGAUUGUUCGUUCAUAGAAGUCGGAUCUUUCGAGACCACCGAAGAUACUCAAGAAGAAUACGUUCCUCUGACGUACACUUUCCAGAGAGCAUUAGGGCCUGAGGUCGAUUGA